AUGAAUCAAUCCAGAAAGGGCUUCUUCUUCUUCUUCUUCUUCUUCUUCUUCUUCUUCUUCUUCUUCUUCUUCUUCUUCUUCCUUUUCCUUAUCCCCAGUUCCUUCUUCCUUCCUCUUCCUCCUCUUUCUCUUCCUUCUUUUUAUUCUUCUUUUACUUCUUCUUCUCCUCCCCUUCGUGCUCCUCUUCCUUCUUUUUCUCCUUCUCUUCUUCUUUCUCCUCCUCCUUUUCUCCCCUUUCUUCUUCAUCUUCCCUUCCUCUUCCUUAUCUACUCCUCAUUCUCCCUUCCGCUUCCUCCUCCUCCUUCCGUUUCUCCUCUUUCUCUUCCAUUUUUUAUUCUUCUUUUACUUCUUCUUCUCCUUCCCUCACUCCUCCUCCUUCUUCUUCUCUUCUCCUUCUUUGUCCUCCUUCUUUUUCACCCUUCUUUCCUUCCUUCUUUCCUUCCUUCCUACUUCUUCUUCUUGUUCCUAAACACCAAAUCGAAGGGGCUUCUUCUUCUUCUUCUUCUUCUUCUUCUUCUUCUUCUUCUUUCCUCCUUCCUCCUUCCUCCUUCUCCUCCUCCUCCUUCUUCUUAUCCUCCUACUUCUUCUUCUUCUCUUUUCCUCCUCCUUUCCUUCAUUCUCCUACUUCUUUUCCUCCUUUUCCCUUCCUCUUCCUCCUCCUUCUUCUCUUCCUCCUCUUCCUUCUUCUUCUUCUUCUCUUCCUCCUCCUUCUUAUCUUCCGCCUCAUCCUCUCUUUCCUUCUCCUUCCUUCUGCUUCUUCUUCUUUUUCCCUUUAACUUCCUCCUCCUUCUCUUUCUCCUCCUCCUUUUUCUUCUCUUCUUCUUCCUUCUUCCUUCUUCUUCUUCUUCUUCUUCUUCUUCUUCUCUAUCUGUAUUUCUCUUACUUUCCCUCCACUUUUUGUUUCUCCCCCACCACCACUUUUUUCAUCCUAUUCCUUUUUCUUCUUCGCCUGUCCCUUUUACUUUAUCUUUGUUUAUUACUUCCCUCUUCACUCAAAAAUCAUUUUCUUCUUUCCGAAACUCUCCCUCCUUACCUGUUCAUCCCUCUUCUUCCUCUACUAUUUUUUAUCUUUUUUUUCCUUUUUAUUCUCUUCCCACUGUUUCCUUCUUCCACCCUUUUUCCCGGUUAUAUCUCCUUUCCCCCUCCUCUACUUUACUUCAUUCUCUUUCCUCUCUUUAUUUUUCUCUUCCUCAUCCACAUUCUAGAGUAUUACUUAUCUCUAUUCUCCCUAAUAUGGCUCGUUCUUCUUUCUCUCUCAUCUUUUUCUUUUCCUCUUUUCCUACUCUCUUUCAUCUCCUUUCUCCACCGUUUCGAUUCUUUUCUUCCUCUUUCCCUUUACUUUUUUUUAUUUCUCCCCCUCGUUCUUCUAUUCUACAUUUUCUCCACUCCUCUUUCUUCUUGCCUUUCAUUCUUUCACGCUUUUUCCACUCCUCCGAAUCUCUACCUCCUCUUCUCUGGUUCCAGUUACUUCCCACCAUUUACUAUCUGAUUCUUUACCUCUUUUUCUCUCAUCUCUUCCAAUUUUCUUCUUUCUUUUCUCUUCCUUUUUGUCCUAUUCUCAUCACUUUAGACUAUUUCACUAUUUUUGUUCUUCUUCGUUUUCUCUUUCUCUUUCUUAUUCUUCUCUCCUACAAUGAUCUCUCCCUCGUCUUUUCCCCCUUUCCCAUUCUUUCCUAUUCUGCUUUUUUGUUUCCCUCUCUUCUCGCGAAUUCCGUCCUAACCACUUUUUCAGUUACCAUCAGCGUACAUUCGGAUUAA